CAGCGCAGGAAAGGCGGGAGGCGGCAGAGGGCAGCUGGAAGCUCCGCCGCCACGCCGCGCCGCGCCGCCCGAGGCCAAAGCGGAGCCGCCGGUCGACUGAGGGCCCCCCGAGACGGCGGCGCCGCCGCUUUAGCGGUCCGCGAAAGAAGCGCAAGGCCGCCGCUUCCUCCUCUCCGCAUCCCAAGCGAGGCGAUUCCCCGGCCAGCGGCGGCCAUGGCCCGCGGCGGUAAAGAGGAGGGCCGCCCGCCCGAACAGGCCGCCUCGCCUCCGGAGGCCUCCCAGGGAAGCGGUUCUGGGCGCCCGGCGCCUCCGCCUGCUCGGUUGCCGCGGCUGGCCCUGGCCCUGGCCUUCCUGGCGGCGCUGCUGGCGGCCAAAUACUACCGGGACGCCGAGGCUGCCCGGCGACAGGAAACAGCCUUGAAAUCUCUGGGAAAUGAGGGCCUUUUCCUCUUCUCUUCCCUGGAUACUAACAAUGAUUUGUUCAUCAGCCCUGAGGAAUUCAAACCAAUUGCGGAGAAACUGACUGGCAUGGUUCCUGUAUCAGGCACUGAGGAAGAAGAGGUGACAGAUCCCAAUGGGGAGACACUCACUAUCCUUGCAAAAUUCCAGCCUCUGUUGAUGGAAACCAUGACAAAGAGCAAAGAUGGCUUCCUUGGUAUUUCCCAUGUGGCCUUUACUGGGCUCCGCAACUGGACAGCUCCUGCUUCACCCCUGAGUAUGAUGUUUGCUCAGCAAUUCAAGUCCUUUCUUCCCCCAAAGAAUAAGUUGGAACUUGGUGACACUUGGUGGAUCAUUCCCAGUGAGCUAAACAUCUUUACCGGAUAUCUUCCCAAUAAUCGUUUCUAUCCUCCAGCUCCCAAGGGCAAAGAGGUCAUCAUUCACAAGCUCUUGAGUAUGUUCCACCCGCGGCCAUUUGUGAAAACUCGUUUUGCUCCUCAGGGAGCAGUGGCCUGUAUUCAAGCUGUAGCAGAUUUCUACUACAAAAUAGCCUUCAGAAUCCAUGGAGAAUUCCAACUGAAUGAGCCUCCAAAUUUCCCAUUCUGGUUUUCUCCUGCCCAAUUCACAGGCUACAUUAUCCUCUCAAAGGAUUCUUCCCAUGUUCGAGAGUUCAAGCUAUUUGUCCCUAAUAACAGGUCCCUCAAUGUAGAUAUGGAAUGGUUAUACGGUGCCUUAGAAAGCAGCAACAUGGAGGUGGAUAUAGGAUACUUACCUCAGAUGGAGCUGGAGUCUCUGGGACCAUCUACCCCCUCAGUGAUUCAUGAUGAAAAUGGGAAUGUGAUUGACAGCAGAGAAGGAGAACCAAUUCAGUUUAUUUUUGAAGACAUUUCCUGGCAGAGAGAAAUAAGCUGGGAAGAAGCAUCUGGGAAACUGGAAGUGGUCAUGUAUCCAUUUAAGAAAGUUUCCUACUUUCCCUUUACCCAGGCUUUCGAAAAGGCCAAAUCUGAGGGUAAACUUGUUCAUUCUAUACUCUUGUGGGGAGCCUUAGAUGAUCAGUCAUGCUGAGGUUCAGGGCGAACUCUCCGGGAAACAGUCCUGGAAAGUUCGCCCAUCCUUGCAUUCCUGAAUGAGAGUUUCAUCAGUACCUGGUCCUUGGUGAAGGAGCUGGAAGAUUUACAGGAGAAACAGGAUGAGAUCAUCAGCAAACUUGCAGACCUUCAUCUUGAAAAGUAUAACUUCCCUGUGGAGAUUAUGAUCUGCCUGCCCAAUGGCACUGUGGUUCACCACAUCAACGCCAACUAUUUCCUGGACAUUACUUCUAUGAAGCCUGAAGAAGUUGAGAGUAGCAUCUUUAGUUUCUCCUCUGGUUUUGAAGACCCCUCCACAGCAACCUAUCUCCAGUUUUUGAAGGAAGGACUUCAGAAAGCCAAAUCCUACCUGUAGCCCCCAAGACCCAGAAGCAAACAAGUGUCCUCCCUUGAUCCAACACCAUAAUGACAGUUCUUGCUUCUUGUGGUUUUUGGAGCUCAGGACUAACACAGUAUUGAAAAACAAAUGCUGUAUGUUAAAUGAAAACUCUCCAACCAUUAAGUGUUCCUUGGAAAUACGAAGUCUGAAAUUACCUGAAUAAUGUGAAGGAAGCUGCCCGAAUAUCUUCCUUAGUGGUAAAUGGUGGGAAUAUUCUGCAACUAGACAGGCUACAGGAGACAGAGUUUGGGAGACAAUAUAGUGCAAAGGGAUGCAGUGGCUCAGUGGCUAAGACGUUGAGCUUGUCAAUCAGAAAGGUCAGCAGUUCAGCAAUUCGAAU